CGGCGUUCAGCUUGCAUCUCAAAGCUUAGAAUCAAAUCUGCCAGUUUUGGAUAUGUUUGAGAUAAUUAAUAUUCCUCACGCCGAUCCUAUCGGUCUGCCAUUUGCCUGCGGUUCAUGGCCCAUCUCAAUAACUAUUGUCUCCUAUUUAAUCUUCGUGCUGAAGCUCGGGCCAAAAUUUAUGGAAAAUCGAGAGCCCUUUAAACUGAGGCGUGCUCUCAAGGUGUAUAAUAUAUUCCAAAUCCUGUUUAACAGCUUAAUUCUAAUAAUGAGUAUUCACUUUUUUAUCACGAAGAAGCCCUACGACUUUAACUGCUUAGUAGUUCUUCCUUUAAAUCACGAAUACAAGGAUACAGAUCGCUUAAUCAGCUACUUAUACUACAUUAAUAAGAUUAUCGACUUAGUGGACACUGUGUUCUUUGUACUCCGCAAGAGCUAUAAGCAGAUUACAAAUCUGCACCUCAUUCAUCAUGUCACCAUGGCAAUCGGCGCUUAUAUUUGGCAACGGAAGUACGGAUACGGAGGGCAUUACACAUUUGCAGGUCUCCUAAAUCUCUUUGUCCACAUCGUGAUGUACACCUACUACUACCUCUCAUCCCAGAACCCGCAAAUCAGGAAGAGUGCGUGGUGGAAACAGUAUAUUACCAUCCUACAACUGGUUCAGUUUGUUCUCAUGUUUUCCCACAGCCUUUGGACCCUUCUACAACCCAACUGUGAUGUACCCUAUCCAAAGAUCUUCAUAGCGAUGUUCAUGUCAGGCCUUAUGUUUGUCAUGUUUAUCAAUUUCUACAGGAAAUCCUAUAUGCAGACAAACAAGAAAGCUGCGUAGAGUCCUUGAUCAGGACGACGAGCUGUGUCGACAUAGCUAUGUCCUUUUGUCCGUCCGUCUGUUUGUAUCUCAGUUUAAAAACAAGUCCGGAGCCGGUUAUAUCGGAUCACCGUUACAUAUGGAUUCCAUUGAAACGAUCGGUCGAAAAUGUAUUAAAAACUUAAUUGUUUUUAAUUGUAUGUCAUCUUAAUCAAACUCAUAGGGCUCUGCAAGGGUACUUAAUCUCCGGCUCAAUUUUUACUAUAAAACGAAAAAGGCAGUAAAUGAAAUUAAAAAUUAAUGAAUGAAUGAA